AUGGUCUGCCCUACCACCAGAGCGGCACGCCUGCCUCCGUCCUUGCUGGCGGCGGCGCUGCUGCUGCUGGCGCUGCCUGGCUGCACCGUGGAUGCUCAGGAACCUGGCGCCUGCCCCGAGGGCUUCACGGGCGCCGGCUGCGUGCUGUGCCAGAGCCACGACGCCUGCGCCGCGCGCACCGGCCACCCCGACGCCAUGUGCUCAUCCACCCUCGCCUUUGACGGCAGGACGCGCACCAAGUUUUACAACGGCACCGUAGCCCCCGCCAGCGCUUUUUACGAGCUGCUGGACCCCGCCAGCCUGGUCCUGCAGUGCAGCACCGCGCUGGUGGCGGGCCAGGCGCUGCCCAGCCGGGACGACGGCAUCAUCGGCUGGCAGUGGCGGCGGCGCCGCCGCGGGCUGGCCCAGGCGGAGGCGGCCAGCCUGGCGGGCCCCUCCUGCUCCCUGGCCUUUGCCCUCGCCAGCCAGCCCGUACGGGUGGAGUGCGUGGCGGUGGGCUGCACAUUCAUCACGGGCCAACCCAGCUUCACCUGCGCCACAUCCUUCUGCUCCUGCCCAGAUGACGACGCCUGCGGCGGCACGCCGGAGGUGGGCGCGCUGGUGUCUGGCAUGAGCGGCCAGUUCAACCUGACCUGCAGCGAGGCGGGGGAGUGCCACCUGCGGUUUGGCGGCCUGCUCGAUUCCUUCAUCGACGCCGCCCUGGGGGCACGCGAGUGCCUGCUGCCAGAAGACAUGAUGGGCUCCUCCUCCACUGCUUGCGCCGAGGGCUGGGAGGGUAGCCAGUGCGCGGUGUGCGCCUCGGACGCGGCAUGCGCGGCGCGGUACGGGCAGGACACCCGGUGCAGCUGGAGCCCCGUGUUUGAGGGCACCUCCUUCUUCAAGUCCUAUAGCUGCCAGCUGGGCGGGGACACCGCGGCGGAGCAACUGCUGGGCCUGCGCAGCGUGCUGGUGCAGUGCAGCACGGGCCUGGUGGCGGCGGGCGUGCCGGCCGCCGCCCCCGGCUGCGCCCUCUACUUUGCCGGCGCCUCGGCCCAGGUGGAGCUCUUCUGCGCGGCUGUGGGCUGCCUGUUUGUGGCGGGCGAGUCAACGCUGCAGUGCAGCACCACGCUGUGCAUGUGCCCGCCCGGCUCCUCCUGCGACGGCGACGAGGUCAUCGCCGACCUGGUGCGCCGCGCCAACGGCCGCCCCUUCAGCCUCGACUGCUCCGCGGCGGGCAGCUGCUCCAUCGUGGUGGAAGGGCUGCCCGGCUCCACCACCGAGGCCACGUGCCGGGCGUCCGAGUGCGUGGGGCCGCCGCCGCCGCCGCCGCCGCCCUCGUCGCCGGCGCCGCCCUGGCCGCCGGCGCCGCCCUACGCUCCCGAGCCAGGCCUGGCUCCCGAGGUCGCCCCGGGGCAGCAGCCGGCACCGCCAGGUGAGCCGGCGCCGUCGUCGCCGCCGCCGUCGCCGGCCGCCGAGCAGCCGCCGUCGCCGCCGCCCAAGAAGACCGGCAUCCCCUGCCCCACCGGCUGGGGCGGCAACCAGUGCGCCAUCUGCCAAUCCGACGCCGCCUGCACGGGGCAGGAGGGCGGCGGCACGGGCGACACCGGCGCCACCUGCAGCGCCAGCCUGACCUACGCUCCCGCCUCGCGCCUCAAGUCCCUGAGCUGCGACCUGGCCCAGGGCAGCCCGCUGGCAGACCUGGUUGAGCCAGGCACCCUGCUGGUGCAGUGCCGCACGGGCGCGCCCGGCGGCGGCGCGGCGGCGCCCGCCGGCGCGGCGGCCGCUGCGGUGGGCGCGCCGCAGGCGGGCCCCGGCCAAGGCGGCGCCGCCGCCGCGCUGGAUUAUGCGUCUGCGGAUGCCGCCACGCGGCGGCGGCGCCGCCACCGCCGCCGCCUGCUGCUGCUGGAGCCGGCCGGUGGGCGCAUGUGCGACGUCAGCUUCUUCACCAGCAGCCCGCGCGUCAUGGUGCAGUGCGCCGCCACCGAUUGCACCAUGGAAGCGGGCUCGGCCGCCGUGACGUGCGCCGCCGUCGCCUGCACCUGCCCAGACACGCCCGGGUGCAGCAGCUUCGCCAUUGAGGGCUUGAUCCAGCCCGUGGCGGGGCCCUUUGAGCUGAGCUGCGACGAGGCAGGGAGGUGCAGCAUGGCGCUGGGGGGCCUGCCGGAGCCGCAGCUGGAUGCCGUGUGCUCGGCGGGGGAGUGCCUGGUGGAGGGGGAGACCAACCUGCCGCAGCAGGCAGGCUACUGA